AUGACUAUGUCCGAUGCUUUGAAUCCUUUGGUGGACAGCAUCAUUUCAAAUCCAAUUAAGUUUAAGACUAGCACAAAAUUGACUGACUCUAUAAAGAGUGACGACACAUCUUCAUACAUUGUUAUUGGAGCUUCUAAAAAAAUGGAACUAAGAAGCAAACGUGUUGCAGGCGCUGAAAGUCGUGGUGAUGACAGUUCGACUAAUGAUAAAAUGCAUAAGAAGCAAAAGAAGAAGAAGAAGAAGUUACCAACGUCGAUGAGCGAAGCUCUAGCAAUGUACACUACCAAAGAUCAAAAGAGUGAAGAUCUAAGUGACACAGAUUAUAACACUUUAGAAUCAGAAGAGGGAAACAUGGAGCUUGAAGUGAAAAAGGACGACAAUACACAACAGCACAAUGGAUAUGAUCAUGAAGAUAGUGAGGAGGAUCCAGACUUCAAAGAAGAAAAAUCACAAACAGGAGAAACUACAAGCGUUUCGAGUAAUGGAAGUUCAAGUGAGAACGAAGUAUUUCAUGAGGCAAAAGAAUAUGCAGAUAACGAAGAUAUAGGUGAAGAUAUAGGUGAAGAUAUAGGCGAAGGCAUUUACCAGAAAAUAGACAAUAAUAAGGACCAUAAACGUCAACGUAGCCAGUUAGAGGAAUCAGAAGUGUCAGAAAAUGACACUACCAAAGAUGAUGAUGAAGUAGAUGAAAAGGCUGAACUACAAAAAGAAAAAAUGGAAUUUGAAACUGAGAAGCUGAAAAAAAUGGAAGCAAAUGAAAAAAAAAAUGCAAAAGUUGUAGAACCUAUUAAUUCUGAAAUAUUAUCUAAUUUCUAUCAAUUUAACGAGGACGUUGAUGAUAUUGGCACCAAUAAAGAUUCACGCAUAAUAAAGAAUUGGGGUCCUAUAUUAUCCGGGUUAAAACCCUGUGGACUAUUAAAUCAUGGUGUCACUUGUUAUACCAAUGCUGCUGUUCAAGCCAUGUUGCACAUACCUGCUAUUCAGCAUUAUCUAUUUGAUAUUUUAAGAAACAACAAAGAUUAUAUAACUGAUAUUAUCAAACCAAAUUCCGUUUCUUACAUAUUGUCACAGACUAGCAAAAAAAUGUGGUGGAAAGAUUCAAAAAAGACAAGUAAAACCUCUGCUAACUACAUUGAUCCUAAGAAAUUGAUAGCUGCUCUGGAGCAAAUCAAUUGUAUGAUGAGUGAAUGGCAACAAGAAGACUCUCACGAAUAUUUCAUGUCUUUAAUGUCGAGAUUACAAGAAGAUUCGGUUCCAAAAGGGAAAAAAAUGACCGAAUCCAUAAUAUACGAUAUUUUCGGUGGGUUGUUAAAGCAGGAAGUUACUUGCAAGAGUUGUGGAGAAAUAUCUAAAACUGAGCAACCGUUCUAUGAUCUGUCGCUUCACUUAAAAGGGAAGCAUAACAGACACCAAACUAAUUCAACUGAUAGUGCUACCACAAACUAUCCUGCUGGAAAUAGUAACAAGAUUGAAGAAUCAUCAACUAAAGAAGGAGCUGCUGAUUCAGUCAAUAAUGCGAAUAAUCAACUUAAUCCAGAAAAUGGUAUUCAAGACGCUUCUACUAGCAGAUUCAGUAUUGAAAAGUCAAUUGGUGAUUUUUUCAAUCCAGAAUUGAUUAAGAUGGAUAAAGAAAAGAAAGGUUAUGUUUGUGAAAAAUGUAAAAAAACUACAAAUGCAGUCAAACGUAACACCAUUCUAAGAGCACCAGAGACAUUGUUAGUACAUCUUAAGAAGUUUAGAUUUAAUGGCCAAUCAUCAUCUAAAAUGAAACAAGCUGUUUCUUACCCGAUGUUUUUGGAUUUAACUAGUUAUUGUGAUAAAACUAAAUCAAAACUUCUGGUCAUGUAUCAAUUAAUCAGUGUUGUGGUACAUGAAGGUAGAUCUCUAUCAUCAGGUCACUAUAUCGCUCAUUGUAAGCAACCAGAUGGCACAUGGGCUACUUAUGAUGAUGAAUAUACUAAUAUAAUUUCUGAGAGAAAUGUUUUAAAAGAGCCAAAUGCUUAUUAUUUGGUAUAUACUAGGUUAACCCCGCGUGAGAUCAAGUUUUCUAAGCAUAUUACCAAUAAAGAAGUUAGUAUACCAAUGCAAACACAGCAACAGAACUCAAAUCAAAGGCCUAAUUCAUCCUCUUCAAAUAAUUCUGCUUUCUCAUCACCAUCACAAUAUAAAAGAACCGGUGGCAAUAAUAAUAAUCGUAAACAAUUUAAAAAGAAUAAAAAAAGAAGACUAAACAAAUAUUGA